GGGUCUGCUGCCAUUUGGCAUGCUCAGAGCCGACAUACUUGGCUUCCCUGCUGACCUCUAAACCCAAUCCUCACCCCCUCACAGUCGCCGGGUAGGCCCUCUCUCUUUCUCUCUGAACAUUUCAACUUCUUCAACUCCUCUCCGGGGAUCGUGAAGCUAUCGAGUCGCUAUAUCAGAGAAUGGGCUUUCAAGCUCUCAAUGUCUCGCCACUCUGUUCCACCAGGACGAUUCUCGCUUGCCCACGAAGCAAACCUGCUCCCUCGAAGCUCCUCUCUCCCUUCAUAUCUCCCUCGAAGGCUGCAGUCCGUGCUCCUUUCAACAAGACCCAGUUUAGAUUUUUGACGCCGAGACACUCAGCCUCUGCUACCGAGUUUUGUAUUGGGUCUCCCCUCUUCAUAAAGCGUGGCUUCCGUGGUGGGCUUGUAGUUGCCAUGUCUGCACAGAGAUCAGUCCAAAAGUCUGAGGGAGAGUGGAGGGCCAUUUUGUCGCCGGAGCAGUUCCGGAUUUUGAGGCAAAAAGGCACAGAGUACCCAGGAACUGGGAAAUAUGAUAAGUAUUUUGAAGAGGGAGUUUACGAAUGUGCAGGAUGUGGAACCCCUCUCUACAAAUCUACGACAAAAUUUAACUCGGGCUGUGGCUGGCCUGCUUUCUACGAAGGUCUGCCUGGAGCGAUAAAUUGCACCCCCGAUCCGGAUGGUAUGAGAACUGAGAUCACUUGCGCAGCUUGCGGAGGGCAUCUGGGUCAUGUUUUUAGAGGGGAAGGGUUCCCGACACCAACAAAUGAGCGCCAUUGCGUCAACAGUAUUUCGCUCAAAUUCGUCCCUGCAAAUUCGGACUCUUCACUAUGAGCUUGCACUACGAACAUAGACGUACUACCUUCUCCGUACUCUUGUCUGUACAUGGCCCUGAGUGAGUUGCUAUGUAGUGGGAAACCCUGUUCGCUGUAAUGAUGAAAUCAUCUCAUCACUGUCUCUCGUUUAACCUGUUGAAAUGAAAAUACCAGCUGCUGAUCGUUUAAUUACACAUCGAUCCUUUUGUCA